AUGUUCGUCUUCUUUCUGAGCCACUGCUGCAGCGACUUCUUCAGCCUGUUUUCGCUUUCUUUCGCGGCGAAUUUGGUCUGCUUGGAUCUGGAUGUCAUUCUCCAGCUCGCCAGUUGCUAUAUAAAGCCUGUCGUGUUGCGACGUAUGGGACGGGGUGCUGGCCCUGGAGGAGACCAUCUGGAUAUUGUGUCAUUGAGGAACUGGCAGCGGAUGCUCGGUGGAGGCUGUCGUGAAAUCUCUACGUCGAUGUCAUUCUCCUCAGGCGUUAUGCCUUUCGGGAGCGGGUCUGAUUUGGACAGGCGAAUUGGACCUGGGGAAAGAGCAUCGGGUGACCCAUCUACGCUUGCUGGGGGUGAAGGCGGAGGUGGACCAAUUGCCUGGUUUGAAUCCUCGCGGGGGAUAACAGGCAAUGGCUUUGGCGGGCGGAGGAUUGGAGUUGGGCAGAUUGUAGACGUCGGGGAAGUCUGCGCGGUUACGAAAGAUGCGGCUGAAGACGAGACCAAACUUGAAUGUCGGUCUAGCUCGGUCGCGGUCAGAAUUGAAACCCGGUCUACUGCAGAUAAAAUCACGUUCUCCAGUUUCUCGUGCAACAGUAUAAUCAUUGUGGUUGACAGCGGACGCGUGACAUGGGUUUAUUCGCAUGAAGGCACACGAGGUUCGCCCGAUCCCCGCAACGCUUUCAAAGCUCUCAUUCUCGCCCUCCUCUGCGAUAAGCAGAAUCUUUGGGAUAUAAAAAACGAGGCUGCUUUUCUGCUAGGCUCUGCUGGAGCCAAUCGAGGGGGAUUGAAAUACUCAGACCUUAGCCUGCUCAAGAAUUUGGAUGCGUGGAGCAGUCCUAGAUCGAGCCAGAACAACGCCCUCUACCUUCUGGGGACACGAUUUAAAGGUGGGGUCUCCAGUCACCGCGUACCACAUCCGACGAAGAGCGUCAACGUCUCGGUCUCAGCGGUCGCUCGACCACGCAGCACGUUAUCUACUUGCUCGUACAACAUGUCUGUUCGACUUUCAACACUAGGCAUUACGAAGUCGAAGAAGUACCAUGUGACCCAAUCCUACGCGGUAUUGGCAAGCAUCGAUGGUCAUUGUAGCAUGAGACACGAGACUCAGGAUCAUCAAAAUAAUACAAUUUCCUAUCGUGUUGAUAGGCCGGGCCUCGAGGCCUCAAGCAAGCCUCAAGGCCUCUGAUUUUGAAACUUCAAGGUUCAGAAAUUUCAAUCUCAAGCCAGGCGGUUGACGUCAGGAUUUACGUGGUUCCGCAGGGUUCUGCGGCAAGUAACCCGUACAAACUUGAAGUCCGCAGCUUGUCGUGUCUAGACUUUGCGAGUUGCAUCCAUGCAGAGCGAAUGUGUUUAGGUUAAGUACCUCUUCUUCCUAACAUAACUAGAAGUAUUCUCAAAAUAUUGCCAAUUGCCAAUUGUCGUCUGGGCAUGAUGUAAUUUGGAGCUUAACGGGCUUUCCAUCUAGCUCGAUUGUACAGUCAAUGCGGCUGAUGGUGUUGAUGAACGAGGGUGUCCACGCAU